CCUGCAUCGCUCCGGUGCAGUGCCAAGCCGGUGUGUAGCACAAGGAGAGUUAAUCUCACAGUCCAUUGAUUCAGGAGCCAGCCUGCCUUUUGCAAAGGCCGCUUCCCGGCCGGCCGGCCGGCGGAGUGAAACAUCUCAGGGAGGCAGGGCAGUUUUUUGUAAAGGUGCCAAGCCGCUUCCAUCCAUUUCCUCGCCUGCUGCUUUGACGGACUGAGUUAAAAGGGGGCGGACGGGCUGAAGAACCUUCCCCAGCCCUAAGCAAGCAGAAAAUUCUUCCUCCUCUCUUCUUCCGGACAAUGAAAAUAACCCUGACUGGCGUUUAGCAUCUGGGAGCAAUUCUUCAGCAGCAGCAGCAGCAGCAGCAUGGUCCAGCAGAGGAACAUGAGGAGCCGUGCGAUCGAGUCCAAGAGGGAGGUGUGUCCCCAGCUGGCCACCAAAGACUCCCUGCUCCUGAAGGAAGCCGGCACCAAGGGCGAGCCUGCCUGGUGCAAGACGCCGAGUGGCCACAUCAAACGGCCCAUGAAUGCCUUCAUGGUGUGGUCGCAGAACGAGAGGCGGAAGAUCAUGGACCAGUGGCCGGACAUGCAUAAUGCCGAGAUCUCCAAGCGCCUGGGCAGGAGGUGGCAGCUCCUGCAGGACUCGGAGAAGAUCCCCUUCGUCAAGGAGGCGGAGCGCCUGCGGCUCAAGCACAUGGCUGACUACCCAGACUAUAAGUACCGGCCCAGGAAAAAGGGCAAAAUUGGGGCCAGCAAGUCCCGGCCAAGGCUCCCUGUGAAGAUAAAACCAUCUGUCCUCAGCCGGGUCACCUCCAGCAGAAGGCAGCCUUCCAAGCAUGACUCCAGCUGCCAGAUGGGAGAGUCCACACUCAAGAUGGAAGAGGACCUCCUAGAGGUGCGGCUGUCGGAGACGCCCUCUGAGGACUGCCCGAAGGCACCUGGCAAGGAGUUCUGGCACAUGGUCCCUGCCGCGCGGGCAGCUGGGGAGAAAAGGAGCAAGAGGGAUGACUCCGUUGAGUCCCACCAGCCGAAGGACCCAGAACCCACCGCGCAGCCCUUCCUGGAGCAGGUGAGCUCCCCAGAGAGCGGGUCCCCCUCCCCGAUGUCAACCGCAUCCCCGCCCUCCUCCUUCUCCUCCUCUGAUGAAGAGCUGGAGGAAGAGCUCUUGGGUGUCCUGCCCGGGAAGGCCCAGCCGAGCGCAGCCUGCGGAGCCCUGGACUGGUCAGUCUUCGACAAAGACCUCGACCUUUUCCCCUUGGGAGUCACCUCUCACUUUGAGUUCCCGGACUAUUGCACUCCGGAGGUGACGGAGAUGAUUGCUGGGGACUGGCUGAUGUCCAGCAUCUCGGACUUGGUCUUUACGUACUGA